CUUUUGAUUCUCCUUUCUCAGCCUCCUGAGUAGACGUGACUACGUGUAUACACUGCCACACCUGGCCAUAGCCUGUGUUUUUACAGUGUUCUGGUGUCUGUGCCAGUGAAAGCUGUUCCUACAACAUGCCCACAUUUAAGGCUUUCAUAUGGCAAAGCUGAUUGUUUAUUUCUUACGAGCAGUGCCAUUCUUCUACCUUCUAAAUAAACGACAGUCUCCUAAACCCCAGGUGUGUGUGCAUGUGUGGGGAAGAUGGCAUCUGCCCACAGAAUGGGGGAGCUGCUGUCUUAGAUGGGAGUGAGGCUUCUGAAACAAGAUCUAUACUCGGGUACUUGGGACCAGGGAGGACUGCUGCUCCCCGCACAUACAACUCUUCCUCCUGAGAGAAGGCACAGGGACAGUGACACACACAGUUCAGUAUUCAGUUUUAAUUCUGUCUCUUUAGAGAGCCCAGAGAAUGAACAGCAGUGUAACAGGGGCCGUGGAGCCUAAGCAUGCCCUUGUAGAGGUUGCUGCAGGCUGGGCUGACCCUAGCUUCAGGGACUGCAGUGACACGUGAUCCCAGGUCCUACAGAUAGAGGACACCAGGAAAUUCAGAAUCCCUAGAUUCCACAGAUCCAUUAUGUCUACCUGCAGCCACUGCUUGGCCUGUCAACCGCUGUCCCACUCUGGGGUCGUGGGUCUUUUCCUUCUGCUGGAAGAGAUGCUCACACAGGGAGAAACUCUUUGCACACUGCUCCCUGCUGGUCAAACAAUGGCACACCAUCUUUGGAGACCCUCCACAUGUCUGUCAGGGGGCUCACAUGGCCAAGCACCAGCUGCUCCAGCCUGGGAACAAGCUCUGUUCCAUCAUCCAAACUGGCUGCUGCUUCCAGUGGAAUGGGGCCCUGGCACCCACAGACAGAAAUGUGAGGAGAGGACACACACGCACUGAGUGUAGGCAUCACUGUAUAAACUCUUCUCUCUUGGCCAUUCACUAAUGAAACCCCACUAGAAGGAAGCCCCACAUCUGUUCAGACUGUGCUCAGGGUGUUGCCUACCAAGGGUUUUGCUGAGCACUCCCACUCCUGUGUCCACUUUGCCCGGCACCAGCUCAUCCACACAGGCAAAAGUCGCUUUUGAGCUUCUGACUGUAGCCUCUGUUUCCAGCCAAGCGACAUUUUGGCCAUUUACUGGUGCUUAUAUAUAGGGGAGAACCCCUGAGUGUGGGUAAUGCUGUCUCUCUUUUCCUGUCCUCACAGCCACAGGUACAUCCUCCCAGUGAGAGGCCCCUGUCUUGUUUCUGGUGUGGGUGAACCCUUAAGUAGAAGAGUACCCUGGAAGCCUAGCAAUGGAUCUCUCAAACAGAGGCUGAGUCAGCCAGCAGAGAACAAUACAAAACAACCAGAGACACUCUGAUGGAAGAUCCCGGCAACCCGCUUUGGAAAUCCCAGUGGUCAUCAGACAGUGAGGUUCUGCUUCCUGCCCUUACGCAUCCGUUGGCUUCUUUCAAAUAGACCGCCUUCGCUAAUACCCAAUCAGAAUGCUCGAUAUUUGGCCACUGACCAAUGGAAGAGAAGAAUAGGGAGGCGGAAAAGAGAGGGCGUGAAGCCCAAUCGAGGCGCCAUUACACUUCAGGGCAAAGAGGUUAGGAAGCCGGCAUGGCGCUCGGGUCAAUAAAAUCGAUAGCUGGAAACUGCCUGUGUUCCAGGCAAAGGCGGUGCGGUAGCAGCGCCGCCAUUUUCCCCAAAGGCAUCUUCCAGUGUCUUUCGCCCAAGUUCGGGCAAGAGUUUUAUGAAUAACAGCGGGCUUUCUGUUAGCCCCUCAGGCGGCUGCCUCUGAUCCCCUCCGGGGCUCCCAGGCACGCUCGGCCCUGAGCCGGCGAGGGUGCCUUAGUCCCGGGGUCCAAUGGCGCCGCCUUCGGCCCCAUUCCCCGCCCAGGGACCAGGCCAGGCCGGACCCAGCCGGAGAAGGGGAAGGAGGCCAAGGGCCUUGAAGUUCGCGGACGUGGCCGUGUACUUCUCCCCGGAGGAGUGGGGGUGUCUGCGGCCGGCGCAGAGGACCCUGUACCGGGACGUGAUGCGCGAGACCUACGGCCUCCUGGGCGCGCUCGGGUGCGCAGGUCCCAAGCCAGCCCUCAUCUCCUGGUUGGAACGAAAUACUGAUGAUUGGGAACCGGCUGCCCUAGAUCCGCAGGAGUACCCGAGAAGGGUAACAGUCCAGAGAAAAAACAGAACCAGAAAGAAAAAUGGGGAGAAGGAAGCACUGUCACCUAAGGAAGCACCCCGAAAGGGGAAGCGUGGGCGGAGGCCCAGCAAACCCCGGCUGAUCCCUAGGCAGACGUCCGGUGCCCCCAUCUGUCCUGACUGUGGCUGUACCUUUCCUGAUCACCCAGCCCUGGAGAGCCACAAGUGUGCCCAGAAUCUAAAAAAGCCUUAUCCUUGCCCGGACUGUGGGCGCCGCUUUUCCUACCCAUCCUUGCUGGUUAGUCAUCGACGGGCACACUCUGGUGAGUGCCCCUAUGUUUGUGACCAGUGUGGCAAACGCUUCUCCCAGCGCAAGAACCUCUCUCAGCACCAGGUGAUCCACACAGGAGAGAAGCCCUACCACUGCCCGGACUGUGGCCGCUGUUUCCGCAGGAGCAGGUCCUUGGCCAACCACCGGACCACACACACGGGCGAGAAGCCCCACCAGUGCCCCAGCUGUGGGCGCCGCUUUGCCUACCCCUCGCUGCUGGCCAUCCACCAGCGCACGCACACUGGAGAGAAGCCCUACACCUGUCUGGAGUGCAGCCGCCGCUUCCGCCAGCGCACGGCCCUCGUCAUCCACCAGCGCAUCCACACGGGCGAGAAGCCCUACCCGUGUCCAGACUGUGAGCGGCGCUUCUCCUCGUCCUCCCGCCUGGUCAGCCACCGGCGUGUGCACUCCGGGGAGCGCCCCUAUGCCUGCGAGCACUGUGAAGCCAGGUUCUCCCAGCGCAGCACGCUGCUGCAGCACCAGCUCCUGCACACUGGGGAGAAGCCCUACCCCUGCCCCGACUGUGGACGCGCCUUCCGGCGGAGCGGUUCCCUGGCCAUCCACCGGAGCACGCACACCGAGGAGAAGCUGCACGCCUGUGAGGACUGUGGCCGCCGCUUUGCCUACCCCUCGCUGCUGGCCAGCCACCGGCGUGUGCACUCGGGCGAGCGGCCCUAUGCCUGUGACCUUUGCUCCAAGCGCUUUGCCCAGUGGAGCCACCUGGCUCAGCACCAGCUCCUGCACACUGGGGAGAAGCCCUUCCCCUGCCUCGAGUGUGGUAGAUGCUUCCGCCAGAGGUGGUCUCUGGCGGUCCACAAGUGUAGCCCCAAGGGCCAAAACUGUAACCCUAGAUCUACUCCGGGGGCGGCCAGCCACAGGGGCAACCCCUCUUAGAAUGGGAAGAAUUAAGUUCCCUUCCUUUUGUGGAGGGCUCCAGAAAAGGGAAGGAGGCACCUAUGACCCACAGCGCAGAGUCUGA